UACACCAAGCGUCGUUUUCGCUAACAGAAGCGGCUUCACACUACGUUUUUAUCGCUUCUAUCGUCAAGCUGUGUUUUUUAAACGUGUAUCUUCGUUUGGUGCUGUGCAUAUCGUGCUGUGUUCAUAAUAAUGGAAUCCUCCAAGAAAUACAAUUGGAAGAGCGGCAGCUUUAAGCGAAAGGUGAAGCAGCGCGAGGAAGAACUGCUUAAAAAAUUUUUAGGCGUUGAUCAAGACACCAACAACAGUGAAAGUGCACCGGGUCCUAGCAACCGUCCACAUCCAAUUGAUGUGUCCCGGUUGCAGGAUACCCUUGACAAUGAAGGCGAAGAACGUCGUGAUGAAAGUGAUAGUGAAAGUGAAGAUGGAUAUUACAGUCCGGAUGUUGAUUCGAGUUCGGAUGUUGAUUCGAGUUCGGAUGUUGACUCGAGUCCGGAUGUUGACUCGAGUCCGGAUGUUGACUCGAGUUUUAUCGAAGAAACUGUUAGUGUACCACAAAGUGUAGUUCUAGAUCCUGUUGCCGUGCGCGAAUCCAUAAGGACUUGGGCGGUGGAGAGCAGGGUCAGCCAACGGCAGCUUCGGAGGUUGCUUUAUAAUCUCCACAAUCCAAUUCCGUCGCUGCCGUUGGACCCACGGACGUUGUUGCGUACGCCAAUGCAUCAGGUAACAUUGUUCGAGAUCGAAGGCGGCAGCUAUUGGCACCAUGGCUUGGAAAUCUGCCUUCGCUAUGCUUUCCAUUUUUUGGACACCCCCCGUACCAUCUCGUUAAACAUCAACGUAGAUGGUAUGCAGGUGUUUAACAGUGGAAAAAAACAGAUGUGGCCCAUCCUGGGAAACGUUUACGAAGAGCCUGAUCUGGCUGUUUUCGUAGUAGGCGUUUUUUAUGGAUUGGAGAAGCCACGACGUGUCCAGUCUUUUCUGGACAGGUUUACUGACGAGUACUUCAAAUUGAUGGAAUCGGGAUGCACCAUCAAUGGACAUAGGCUGACCGUCAAACAUCGUGCAUUUAUUUUCGAUUCGCCAGCUCGAUCAUUUUGUAAAGGAGUUGUGUCGUUUAACGCUACCUGUGGGUGCAUUAAAUGCCUUGCGGAGAGGCGGAAACAUCCAGAAUCCGGCGUUAUUACAUACCAGGUGGAAGAAGCGGCACUCAGGACAGAUGCCGCAUUUAGGACACUGAAGGCCUACGUGGGACAUCACCAAGAAGGGCCAGUCUCGGUGGCAGGGUAUGUACAAGCGCAUACGGUCGAAUCACCGUUAAUGCGAUUAAAUGUAGAUAUGAUUCAUAGUUUUGUAACUAGUGAUUUGUUGCACCUGUUUCAUCAUGGUGUGAUGAAUUAUUUUUUAAUUGAUUUUGUUAAAGGUAAAAGGGGUAGAAGUAAGUGGCAGCAAGCCCAAGUAGAUAGUUUAGAUAGUAGGAUAGAAAAAGUAGUUUUGCCGUGUGAAUGUAACAGGCAAAUUCAGCCCCUUUCUUCACUGGCUCAUUGGAAAGGGACCGAAUUCGCCUCGUUUUUGAAUUACGCGGGUGUGGUUUUACUUAAAAAAUUUAUUCCAACUAACGAUUUACGUUUAUUAAAAUAUUUGCAUGUAGCGGUAAAAAUUUGUUCUACUAACAUGUACAGAAACCAUUUACAUUUAGCUAGAAAUUAUUUUAAGAAGUUUGUAGAAGGGUAUUAUAAUGCAACUAAAACAAUUGCAAGUAAUAUUCACCUUUUAACACAUGUAGUGGAUGAAGUAGAAAGAUUUGGACCCUUACCCACAAUAUCCACAUAUCCCUUUGAAAAUUGCUUAGGACAGUUGAAACGAAAAAUUCAAUCUGGUAGACAUCCCUUACAACAAUUAGCAAAUAGAAUCCAGGAAAAGGCCCUAUGUCAGAAUGUAAUUCCCCCAACCGUAGUUUAUCCAGUGUUAAAGACACCUAAUCGUCGUAAUAGAUCACAAUAUUUUAUAAUUAAAUUAGCUAGUAAUUUUACCUUGAAAGGGGCGGUGAAGGCUGACAAAUGGUUCCUAAGUUCUCAUAAAAAGGUUAUUGCUAUGCAUUUUGCAACUGAUGGCAAUAUAGUUCAUGGUUGCGAACUGCAUAACACAGAACCUUUUUAUGAGGACUUAGAGGACUUGACUGUUGAUUUGGAUGUAUUUAAAGUUGAUAGUUUGCGUGAGUUUGGUAGCCUUAGAACUUAUACCAGGGAUGAUAUUUUUUGUAAAUUAGUAGCCAUUCCUUUAGAUGAUGGAUUUGUGUUCUUCCCUCUAGUUUCUACUUUAGGUUGGCGCGGAUAAUAAACAACUUAUAAUAUAUUUUAUACAUAGAUAUUUAACGUUUUAUUCUUUUUAAAUCUUUUUAGAAGUAACAUCAGUUUGUUGGCAAACGGUAACUCCUACCAUACCUCCUCGUGGUGCCAACAUUUCAUACCUUCGGAAUUUCAUACAUUUCAAACAUUUCAUACUUUAAUCUAUCGUACCUAACAUAAAAAGUAAAAAAAUUAUAAAAACUGAUUACAUAUUCCGUUUCUUAGAUUUCAGCAAAAUUGAUUGGAAAAAAUUUUCCGUGUCCCUUAAUGUAAAUUUAUUAUCAUACUCCCAAACACAAACAUAAAAUAAUUUUAUGGUGUUUCUAUAGUUUUUGAAUGGUUUUUUCUUUUCAUUUUUAUGGUUAGCGUGCCCCGUCCAUGAAAAUUUUACAAGUAACUUCCUAUCAAAAAACCAGUCUAUUAUAUCGUAGCAUAUCUCUCUUCCGAGCAGGUUUCUAUUUUGGCUGAUAGGCUUACAUUGACGUAUUUUGGACUGAUACUCUGUUAUAAUAUUUUCGUUACCGGCCUGCUGCUCAAAAUCAUCCAACUGUUUCUCCGUUGUCAUUUGCUGGAUCACGCUUUGAGGGUGCACCGUAUUAUGAUUCGCAUUAGCUUCCAAGGCCACUACACGAUUGUGCAAAUCAUUAUAUUUCUCGUGCAUCACUGCGAGCUCGUGCACAAGACUUUUCACGACAUUGGAAUCCAUCAUGUUCUUUUCUGAUAGAAAUAAUCCACGUUAAAUGCAUCGAACAUUAUACGCGCGAAACGAUCUACGCAUCGAACACCGAAAACAACACCCCUCCUGGAGCCACCGAUAAUGUGUACGACGGCGGAUUCCUCUACCAACGCAGACAUCACACCCACCAACGCAGCAUAGCGCCAGCCAGAAAUGCACGGAUAGGUAUGCCCUAUAGGGAAGAGUGAAUCGGCGAGCGAGCGAAAGAGACAAAAAAGUGCGAACAAUAAACCGUCCACUAAUC